GGGAAAAGUCGCGCCUGCCUGUUGCUAACACGUCAAUUUUCGUGUUUUCCUUCCCUCUUCAACCUCUCCUCUUUCCUCUCUUUCCUCUCUCUCUCCCCUUCUCUCUCCCCUUCUCUCCUUCCCCCUUUAAGCCUUGCUGACCUCCCCCACACCCUCCUUCGCCCUUUCCUUUUUCUAUCUUCCCUCUCCCUCUCAAAAACCUCACUUCUUGCCGGGGAGGCUCAAUCGGCUUCUCUUCCACACCUUUUUUUUCUUUUUUUCUUUUUUUUUUUUUUCCCUUUUUUUUUUUUUGGAGAGAGGAAGAACUAUACUUAUCUCAAUUUUUUUUAUUUUUAUCUUUUUUAUUCUGGCAUGUUUUGAGGGAGCCCUUGGUUCCCUCGUUGCAGAUUCUCCUCCAAUGCCGCUGCUGCAAGUCACACUUCCGCAAAUAUGGCUGACACAACUUUGCCUCCUGCCACUAGGAUUGUGCCUAUUAUGGCCCGUUCAAGGCUUAAUGCACGAUCCGCUGGCCUGAGUGCUCGCUCCUCGCGCAGAAACUCGACUGUGGAGGAGUCCGAUCGGCGUCUGAAGGAACGCCUUGAAAGACUAAAUUGUUAUGCAGCCGAUAUACAGGGAGAUGGCAAUUGCCUAUUCUACUCCCUUUCAGACCAGCUUUACGGAACCCCAGAGCACCACGACAGGGUCCGCCAGCGACUGGUAGACCACAUCCGCAAACACCGAGACUCCUUCAUACAUUUCGUAGAUCUCGGUCCAGACCGCCCUCGUUCCACAAGAGAGGCCUCCAGGCAGGCAAACAGAUCUUUCAGUAGUGUUGGCUCCACCCCAAGCGUGGACAGGAUAAACUCCAAGUUCGAGGAGAUGCUUUCGAAGAUGGGCGAGCCGCAUGAGUGGGGCGGUGCUUUUGAGCUCCAGGCAUUCUGUCAGGCCUACGCACGAGAUAUCGUUGUGUACCAGGCCGACACGGUGCAGGAGUUCACCAGCAACCUCCACGACGUGGAUCCCGACAGGGAGACCGUCCAUCUCGCAUACCACGAGUACCAGCACUACUCGUCAGUCAGGCGCCUGGAUGCCCCUCGUGAAGGGCUACCAAGCCUCCCCAGACGACUCGAUAAAAAUGGAGCUGACGCUCAAGUCGUCAAGGAGGGCAACAAGAAUGCUGCAAAGGCUCGAAGCCAUUCUGUUGCAACGCAGACUUUGCCGACACCACUGACCCUGGCUGAGCCAUGGAAGAUCAGCACGAUUGCUGAAGCCCUUCCUUUCCUUGAUUACGAUACAAUCAGGGCAGUGUUGACAAAGUGCCGUGGGGACAUCGACUUUGCCUUCUCCCGUCUUCUCGAUGACGAUUUCUCCUCGUCCUCUCAAUCGUCCGUGGCUCCAACGCCAGGUACUGAGACCUCUGGUACUGUCAUGGCCUCACCUGGCGGUGUCAACCCGGCCACUCGGGCAUGCUUGAGAACUUCGUCAAGGUCCUCUUCCCGCCAUAGCACUGGAAGCAAACGACCCGCCGACCCUAGCGACGACGACGACGACGACGACGAAGACCCUGUUCGAUCCGGCGUCCGUCGCUCUGCGAGAGAGCGCAAGCGUCGUAUCCUGCAGGACGUGACCGUCGGUAUCUCAGUCAGGGGCGACAACAGGGAUGACGUCAUUUCAAUCCAAUUGAGGGUCGAUCCAGAUGCCGUGGUUGAAACGCCAAGGGGAAUUGACACUCCCGAAGACGACACAGAAGUCGAGACAGACGAAGACACAGAAGUCAACGUUCCCGAGAAAGAGCCAAACACCGGUGAACCCAGAGCUAAGAGCUCCGACGGCACUUUGACUGUGGGUCCCGACAGCGGCAAUUCUGCGACUGGUAGUGAGGGAGGUGACGACUUCGGGGAUUCCGAUAAAUGACCUUUCUUUAAAAACAACUGGGCCGAAAUCUUAUGACCCGCCCCGUUGAUCAACCGUUGGGCUCCCUUUAUUCGCAACGAUUGUCAUGGCAUAGCGUGGUGUUUUGGCGUUUUUGGGGUUUUAAGUCUCCUGGGCUGGUCCUUGCAUAGAGAUGUCCCGGAUAUGGACUCUUCUAAAGCGAAUGCAUACUCGCGUAUCUACAUGUUUGCUUUUUUAACGAGGCAUAGAUUUAGUGUUAAUGUUUUGUUUUAUCGAAAUUUGCGUCUCAUUGAC